GACCGUUGGAGACAGCCCCCCUUUCCCUCAAUAAAAGCCAAAGCGACACAGUUACCCCAAUACAAAGAUACGCUCCAUCCUAAUAUUAAAUUACAAUCUCUCUGAAAUCUGAACCCAACAAUGUCAAGGAUGAAACUGGACCGCAAGCCUCCGCUGGCCAAGUCCCCGAUCCGGGUCCGACCGCCCAGUCGGGUCCUCCGAUCAGGCCCAACCUCUCUGCAAACCCCACCAGGGUCCCAGAAACCGAGCCGGAUGUGGGACAUGGAGGAACCGGAUCUCCGGCCAGAGUACCGCUCCAUUUCCUGCGAAUUGAGGGCUCUGGCUAAGAUGGUCGGCAAGGAAUUCGGGGAUGAAGAUUGCGAAAAGGCCGGUGGGGUCCGUAAAUCAGUGAGUGCUAAUUCAAGCCCUUUGUUUGAGAGGGGGAGAUUCUAUGAGGAAUACUCUGCUAGAAGAAAUGAGAGGCUGAGGAAGAAGUAUGGCGGAACAGGAACAGGGGAGGAGUUUAAGUCUGCGUUUAAGCAGAAGCUGGGGGUUGCGGUGGAGUCUGCGAAGCGAGGCAGUGGGACUAGGAAGCUGGAAAGCAUGAGGAAAUCAGUGUCUGCGGCCUACUCGGUGGAGAGGACAAGCCAGACGCCGAGGUAUAUGCUGAGGAGUAUGAGCAAGGAGAAUAAGAAGCCUCCUCUGGCUCAGCCUCCUGCUCUGUAUUCUGCUCAGAAAUCGGUGAUAGGAACAGCAUCUCGAAGAGUUGGGUAUUAGGAAUUUGAGUAAUGGUGUUUAUGUUUUGGGUAAUAUGGCUUGCCUUUGAUUCUUUGUUUCUGAAACUCUGUGAUUUGGAGUUGGGGAUGAACUUGUGGGGUUAUAUUGGCUUGCCUCUGUUUUCUUUGUUUAUGGAACUCAGUGUUGUUCAUUCAGAUGUUAUUGUCUGAAUUAACAUGUUAGCAGUUCUAGAUAUUGUUAUUGUUGAAAAGAUUCGAAAUUUGUCUUGCAAUUAUACAUGUUUUUCAGUUUGUCUUGUGAUAUUGAACC